GACGGAAUGAAGGGGAAAGUGCCUUGGACCUGUAGCUCCUACCUGGAGGAGGAGGAAGGCAGGGUGCGCGCUCAGGUUCUCCCAUAAAGUUCCUCAUUGUGUGUGGCUGCUUUUAUUUGUCCGGAAGAGGUUUGAUGGACAUCAUGCAAAACUCUCCAAACAAAUGUUGGACUAUAACUCUACACAUAGAUAUGAUCAAAACGGGCGAAUAGACAUGCUAACACUGCAAACCUGAACAGAUGAGAGAGGUGAGAUUUUUUUGCUAGAAAGCAGGGGAAAUGUGUUGGUUUCUACCAUGAUGUCAUUCUCUUCAUAGAUACACAUAAAACCAAGCUAUGAAACCAUAAAUAUAGCCCCUCUUUGGCACCCAAGCUGGUCCAGACAUGUGCCUACCAAUGCAUCCAGAUCAUGUAGGCCAAUCUGCUACCAGCACUGGCACAGUUUGUGAUCCCAUGUGAGGUUGUGAUGGAGUCUUAGAUAGGGUUUCAGUGCCUCCAGUGUUAUUUAUAGACACAAAAUGUGCCUGUUUUCCUGAAGACAGACAUACAGCAGAGGACUAAAAGCUGAAAACAAGCUGUAUUCAUUACUGUCAGAACGUUUGCCGAUCUACCAUCUCCAGAGAACUUGUUUUUUUUAGCUUGUCAUGGAAAAUCAAAAUCAAGUAUCAGCAGAGGAUGGGAAAGAUACAUGUACAGAAGACUUACACAUGGGUGAUCAUUUAGAAAACAGCUACUGUGACAGUGAAACAGAGACUGCGUUUCCAAUACAUGAAGACACUCAGCAGUGUAUGCUCCAGGUGGAUCAGGCAGACAUGGAAACUCUGGGGCAGUUUUUUGAGCACUGCAUCCAACAAGUGUCUCAUCUGGAGAAGCAGCGAGACAAGCUAAUACAAGAGCUCAUUGGCCUGCAGGAACCCAUGCUGCAGGCUGUGGAGCACCUCAGAAGGAAGCUGGAGGAGAUGCAGAGGCUGCUCACUCUGGUUCAUCUGGAUUAUACUGCUGUUAAAGAGGAAGUGCAGCAGGUGAAGAGGAAACUGUUUGUUGCAGCUAGAGAGUGCAUCCAGAGCCAAAUGAAGCUUGCUGCACAGGAGUAUGAGGUGGCUCAGUCUGCUGUUACACAGGAGGAGCUCCAGGCCCACAUCCAAGGUCUGACGCAGGACUUGACCCAGCUGAAGAUUGCCCACCAGAACCAGCUCAACUCCCUCAGGGAUCAGUCCUCUAAGCCAUGCAGGCCCCGGGCUAUGAGCGAUGUCAGUCAAUGCCGGCAGGCUUCCAUCAGGCUGCAGCGGAGGCUUAGUGGUAGUGUGAAGACACUGGAGAGCUGGUAUGAGCCUCGCGUCUUAGCCCUGCUGAAGAGAAGGCAGUUUGGGGAGGAAGCCUUGAGAAACUGCAAGGAGCAAGCAGUGGACCUGAGAGCCAGGCUGGGGCCUCUGAUAGAGGACAUACAGAGACUGGAGCUUCAGAGAUCCUGCCUAGAGAAGAGGAUUAAUCUGAUGAAGACAGAGAGGGAUGAGAGCAUAACACAUUACAAGGAGACAGUGGAAAAACUAAAAGAAACUCUGAGAGAACUACAAAUAGAAUUUGAAGUUCAAACAAAAUCGAAGAUGGAUUUAGAGGAUGUUAACGAUGGUCUUGUAACAGAGCUCACAUUUCUGAGAGAUACGGAUGAAUCCGGUAACACUACUACAGAGGAAGACCAACAACUUUCAGAAGUCAGACCAAACCCCAGCACUUUGAGCAUAUCUAGUUAAAAACUGUCAUUUAUAGCAGGAUGUUUACU